AGGUUCGUCUGGAGGUUCGGAGCAGAACAUGCCGCUGCCCAAGUCCCGCAAAAUCACCGUGCUGGGCUACAGGUCGGUGGGUAAGUCCGGAACAACCCGCGCUGAGGUUCAGCUCUGUCUGGAUCCACGUCAUAUCAGGGUCCAGACCCUGCAGGACUUAGUCUGUCCAAGGUCCUCUCAGAAUAAGACCAAUCAGAGCCCAGAACCAGCUGGACCUGUCUUCAUGUGGAUUUAGRUAGAUUUAACAGAGAUCCGGUCCUUUCUACAACAAUGCAAUGAUUGGUCCUCUGACAGCCAAUCAGAUGAGUGGUCCUGAUGCUGAGGCUGAGAACCAGGUGGUCCAGGUCCAUGUGGGUCCAACAGGGAUUUAUCCAGGUUUCAGCAACAACAGGGAAGUCCUCCCUCACCAUCCAGGUUGUGGAGGGUCAGUUUGUGGACUCCUACGAUCCGACCAUCGAGAACACUUUCAGCAAGACGAUGACGGUGAACGGUCAGGAGUACAACCUGCAGCUGGUGGGCACGGCGGGCCAGGUGAGACCACCUUCUGGUGACUUGUCCUCUCACAGCCUCAGGUUUGACCACAGGACCAUGUGUUUGUUGUARGACGAGUACUCCAUUUUCCCUCAGAGCUACACCAUCAACGUCAACGCUUACGUCCUCAUCUACUCUGUAACGUCCUACAAAAGUUUUGAGGUGGUCCGAGUGAUCCAUGAGAAGCUGCUGGACAUGGUGGGAAACRUUCAGUACGUGACUCAGAAACAUGUCUGGUUGUUUUGUUGUUUCUGUCUGAGGAGGAGAUUCUUUUCACUUCCUGUCAGAAUUAUUAAUAAACAAAGUUUUCUGCCUUUUUUCUACAGAAAACUCAUCAUUUUAGUCGGGAACAAGAAAGAUCUACACAUGGAGAGAGUGAUCAGUGAUCAGGAGGGGAAAGCUCUGGCAGAGUCGUGGAACGCUGCCUUCCUGGAGUCUUCAGCCAAAGAAAACCAGACAGCUGUGGAGGUGUUCAGGAGGAUGAUCCUGGAGGUGGAGAAGAUGGAGGGAGGUCAGCCUCAGGACUGGACUCCCUGCUCUGUGAUGUAGCUCCAGCCAUCAGCACCACCUGACACYGAGGAGGAGAGUCUUCAUCUUAUGUUUCCUUCUCAGGUCACACCAGACCGUCCGUUUAACUCCCGCCUGUCCAAACACAGAGUUUCUGUCUUUAGCUACAUACAAACUGUUUUAUUAAAAAACAAACUGCACAAAAACUAAAGCUCAGGAUGUCAGAAACAAUCUGCUGCUAAUUCAGAGCCGCUGCUUCCAAACAUAUCUGUGAGGUUUACAGUCUCAGCUGAAACACCUUGAUCCAUGUAAAUACUCUUAACAUGUUCCAAAGAUUUUAGUUUAGUUAGUGCAUCAGAUACAUUUACUGAGCAGCUUUUAAAGCCACAUUUUCAGACUGAAAGAUUGGUUGGAGGAAUAAAGUCUGCUUUUCAGCGCUGCUAAACAUUGAAUUAAAAACAAAUAUUAGAUUUUCAAAUGGAGUUUGGUAUGAAGUCUACUUUUAAAUGAAGAAUGGCAAAUAUAAUACAAAUGUGUCUGUCUCUGUAGUGAUGAGAUGCUAUCAGAAAAUCAUAGUAAAAUACUGUAUACAAAAAUACUGUAUAUGAAAAGAUAAAUAUUUGAUAUUAGAUGAGACUGCCUUAUUGCAACGAUAGCAAACAUACAGUUGGGUAUCGUCUGCAUACGGUGAUACAAGAAACCGUCAGAUAGGAUUAUUGAGCCCACAAAUGUGUUUACGUAACAAAAGGAGUCCCAGUACUGAGCCUUGUGGCACCUCAGAAGAGAUGAGAAACAGAAAAGUCAUUUUUAURUAUUUAUAAUUAAUAACCAAUUCUUGUUACUUUGUUAAGAGUAGUUUUUGUUUUGCUCUUUUUUAAAUUUUUUUAUCAAGUUAGCUCGUUGUAAUAAUCUGAGUAAAUCAUAAGAGYAAACAGAAUCACCCCAGCACAGCAGACCUUUACCUCCCAACAAGACAAGAACUAAAGACAGGACCUUCAGGGUUUUGGUUUUUCUUUACAUUUUUUUCCUGAAUGCUUCACUCAGCGCACUGAAAGAUGGKCAGGAAAUAUUUCUGUCUCUGAUCUGCUACUUUGUAUUUUACUGAAAUGAUGCAUGAAGAACAAACCUUUAGUUUUCAUUUAUUUGUUAAACUGGAGGAGUUUUAUCCAUUAAAGCUGCAACCUGAACCCCGACCUGUAAUAAUGAUGAAAACUUUUUAUGACUGAUGUUUUGUUUCUAUGAAUUUUCUCAUUAAAGUUCUUUUCUGUUGUUUGUCUACAAA